ACGCGUGAGCGUCCGAAGCAUACUUAUUCAAAAUAAAUGUCAGCUAAACACAAGCGGAGCUGACUGUGAGCACCACUGACUCAUGCGGAAACGUUAUGACGUCGGAGGGGAUAGAUCGGUGAAGGUGAAGAGUGCAGGGGAUGGGAUUGGCGUGCUCGUGCUGCGGCAUGCUCUACCGCUUCAGUCAGUACUGGCUGGCUAGGCGAUGUUUGAUCGUGUGAUGUGGAAGUUCUUUCGCAUAUUGGCGUGCUCGAUCCGAGAUCGCACAUGUGUUUGUUCGGUGAACUGAUAUUUCCUGCAUAUUUGCGAACGCGGAUCGAUCAAAUACAAGAGAUUGGAUAUUCUUGUCAAGAAGAUUAGAGGAGCCAACUAUCUGCGCCUUAGUAUCAGUUGCGUGUUUUUUAUAAUUGGGAAAAUGAGCAGCUCAACACUGCAAAGAACUCUUUUGAUAUAUGUCACGAUAGCAGGGUCCUUGAUGUAGACGAUCUUUGAUGUUAUAUGAACCAUCAAAGAAUCUCAAACAAAUCAAGUUCCUGUUUUAGAUUCACCGUUUCAAAUCUAAUGUUUAUCCGUGAGAAAACUUUCGAGGUUUUUCUGUGAAAAUAACAUUGUAACGAAAAGAUAUUCAAAAUGCACAAUUCUUGACAAAGAAAAGAUUGCUAAUUAGAAAAUAUAUAAAAUUAUAAAAUUUCACGAUAUCACAAGAUAUCUCGAGUAAACAAAACACAUUUCUCGGCAAUGUCAUAUUUGUGAAAACAAAUUAUAUGAUUCCAUAAUUUUUGAAUAUGAAUGUUGGCUUCUAAAGAGACAACAAAAGUAACAGAGAAAACCGAUAAAAUCCAGAACCCUUCGACUAUCUUUCUGAGUGCGACGAAGAGUUCGAAUUGUACCAAAUUCAUCUCGCAUCAUCGACCACGAAAACGAACAUAUUUAUAUUAACAUCAAAAAAGCGAGGAGAAGGACGACGAUAGAUUCAAACAAUAGUUCCAUUGACAGCGUCGACUCACGUGAAACGCGAGAAGUACGCGUAUUAAAGCUAAUGAGUUUGUCUUGCGUUCUAUAACUUACAUAAUCGCGUCAGAGCCGGAUCAAUCGUGUGUCAACGAUGACCUUGGCGGUCUCUUACCGAUGGUGGUUCGCGGGCUGGAUUUCAUCGAGGAAGCGAGUGAUGAUGCCGAAGAGGAGUUGACGCCGUCUAUAAUCACGCGAAUAGUCGCGCUCGAUUAUCACUUUACAACAUCUGUCUCAUCUUCCGACGCUUCUCGGAGAUGUCACGAGUUGCUUGUAGGCAAAAGAGCGAAUACAGUACGAGAAGUUGAGUCAAAGAGGAAAAGAGAAUCAAGCUGCAGAUGAAACAUGACGGUCAGCUACACUGCUGAAGUAGCUACUUGCAGGGGGCUCGGUUGCUUCCCCAAAUUGUUGCUCAGAUGGCGAGCGAGUAUUUACAAACUCGUCUGGCUCGACUUAUCGCUUUUCCUCUUCAUCUACUAUUCGUUGUCUGGCAUCUAUCGAUUGCUAUUAAACGAAGAGCAGAAAAAGCUUUUCGAAUUUGUGGUGAUAUAUUGCAAUAAGUUUAGCGACCUAAUACCGGUUUCAUUUAUCUUGGGUUUCUAUGUCACUAUCGUGAUGACUAGAUGGUGGAAUCAAUAUUUAGCGAUACCAUGGCCUGAUUCCAUUGCGGUCUUUGUAUCAGCCACUAUACACGGAAACGACGAGCGCGGUCGUCUGAUGCGGCGUACGAUCCUUAGGUAUGUGUGUGUCUGUCUGACUGUGGUUCUAACAAAUGUCGCGCCGCGGGUAAAAAAAAGAUUCCCCACCUUGGAGCAUUUUGUGGAUAGCGGCUUGCUACUUGACAACGAAUUAACGAUAUUUCAAAGCUUGAAUGCGAAAUUUCCGAAGCCGAGUAAGCAUUGGUUGCCGAUAGUUUGGGCUACGAGCAUCGUGACCCGCGCUCGGAAGGAAGGUCGAAUACGCGACGAUUUCGCGGUUAAGACUCUCAUCGACGAACUUAACAAAUUCCGCGGAAAGUGCGGCACUAUUUUACACUACGACACAAUUAGUGUCCCGUUAGUCUAUACUCAGGUCGUCACACUAGCUGUAUACACCUACUUCUUGACCAGUGUAAUGGGUCGUCAAUGGAUUCAAACGUCAAACUCAAUCAUCGAUCUGUAUUUCCCUGUAUUCACGACGUUACAGUUCUUUUUCUAUAUGGGCUGGUUAAAGGUAGCCGAGACGCUAAUCAAUCCAUUUGGCGAGGACGAUGACGAUUUCGAAGUAAAUUGGUUAAUCGAUCGCAAUUUGCAAGUAAGCUAUUUGAUUGUCGACGAGAUGCAUCACGAUCAUCCGGAACUCAUACGUGAUCAAUAUUGGGACGAAAUAUUCCCCAUGGAACUCCCAUAUACCGCCGCGGCGCAACCCUUCCGCGAGGAACAUCCUCAACACUCAACAGCCAAUAUACAAUUGUCCGCCGCGCAACAAGAACUGCAACCGUCAUCGGUUAAAAUCGAGGAUCUUGCGCCGGAUGAUCAGAAAUUCCACUCUGACAUUGCUGACGACGCCGCGUCGGGGAUACAUUUCACCGCGACCGGAAAAAUUUCCCGAAGUACCAGUAGAGUGAGUAAUCGAGAGCGCAAUAUCAGCGGUGGUUCAACACCCAGCAACUUGGGUGGCUCGCUCACAAGAAUAAACAGCGUUACCAGCGUACUUAAGAGAUUCUUUAGCAAAGAAGACAGACCGGACGGAGGUGCCACAAGUGGCACUAAAACUCCGGCAAAGAUUACGAACUCAAGCUCAGCAGCUUCGCUGCAAAUACGACCACCUGGUGCGAGUAGUUCUAUGAGGAUAGGCGUCAUCGAGGAAGUAGACGAGCAAAUGACGCUCACAUCGUUACGGCAAUCGAACGAUAAUAAUAGGCCUCAUGUACAAAAUAUAUUCGCACAAGGCCCGCCACCGCCGAGCGAUCCCGUUGACGUGCCUAGACCAACGCAAUUUCGCGAGGUAUUCUCUAAAAGCGCACCUGCACAAGGAGCAGUCCUAACUGUAGCCGGUAGCACGGAAUCCGGAACUACGCGCGAAAGACCGAACACUUUAAGGACACAAGAAUUCGCGCAAUCGACACGAUCGAGCUUCUACGAUCAGAGUUUUCCUGGUAGCGGAAUAAACGAUGAUCUACCCAGUACCUCAAGCUCCUCGUGUUCUAGCGACAACGCCGACAACGAAUUUACAAAAUUGAAAAUUGAGAGAAAAAAAGAGAGACGUAACCGUAAACUCGCUCGAAGUGUCAGCGGGCAGAUCGGUACGUUUAAUCAAUCGAUAAGUUCUCCCGAUACAGAAACUCUUUUGCUGACGGAAUUAGCGGACGCAUCGCGAUGUGGUAUGAAUGUACGUGACGAACAAUUUUAGAAAAAUUUGUCAUUUUUACAUCCACGUUUUUCAUGACUGGCCUAAAUAAGUCUAAAUAACCAAACAUGAAAUUCGAUAGAGUAUCGCGACAAUAUAUCAUUGCAAGUGAUAAAUUUUUUACGUAUUUUUGAUGUACUUAUAUAUUGAUACAAUAUCUCGCAAAAAAAUUCAUAAUUAUGUUAUUAUUCAAAACAAAAUGCUGGUGAUAAAAAUUAUUCAUAUAUAAAUCAAUUACAAUUCUCGUGAUAUCAGCUUUUAAACUUUGAAAAGUUUAUGAAAUUGAUAUAAGCUGAAUGUUUUACAUGGAUAUAUAUGCAUAUGUAUAUAAUGCAAAUUUAUCGUGCAAAAGUUUAAACGUAAGCAACAAAACUAAAACCAGCAAAGAAAAUUUCAUAGUCUGUAUAAAUAAGAAACAUAAAAUCUCGUAUUAUUUUUUAGUAUAAAAAAUGUAUAUAGCAAAAACAAAUACUUAGUUUUGACUAUAAUUAAAUAAAUAUUUACACUGAUAUACAUAUGUAGAAUACUUUCACAAUUUUCGCGAGCGAAUGAGAAACGUAAGAAAAACUAUAAAGGUGCUAUCAAUGAAAUUGUCUCAAUUCUCAAUCGAUAUAUUUGAUUAAAUCUCUUUUAAAGAAAUCACAACAAAAGGAAAAGCAUCGCCUUUGAAAAUUUAUGAAAAGUAAUUCCCCUAAUUUACGUAAAAAAAAAAAUGUUUAAUAAAUUAUUUAAUUAAGAUCUGUUUACAUAUAUUCUAUAUAUAAACUUUGUAUUCAAGUUUCUAUUUUACGUGAAUUUAAUUUUCAUGUUUUAUCUCAGUAUUAUACAUAAAUAUAUCCAUAAUUUUAUGGAUGUACGCACAAAUUAUUGUCGUCAUUUUCGAUUCAACAUUCCACGAUAGACACGAUUUGUUACAACGCUCCUAAAUAAGCUAUUUAUUUUGCAGUAUUAUUAAAAUAAAGUACUUUCGAUAAGAUAAA